GAGAUCGUGAACGUUUGCGAGGCUUGUUUUUUAGUUGUUGCUUUGACAGUUUGCGAAAUGUACUGACAACGUGGUUCAAGGUCGACGUGUAGGCGGCUGUGGGUUGCAACUGUAAACACUCACAGCUCUAUGCUAAAAGAGCCAACAUGUUGAGCAAAACAUCCACUAUAAUAUUAAAGCGCACUGAGGCAAAGCAAAAAUCGAGGCUCUACGCUGCAAGCUAGUGAGAGCAGAUAACUGAAUUAGGCUAAACAGCCUAGUAUAAUAAUGUUUAAUAUAUAAGUGGGCCAAAAGUGAAGCCAGCUCUUGAAAACCCAAUUCUGACUUGGAAAAACCUAUUUGAAUGUCACUGCCAGCAAGUGCAAUUAUACAGAAUAAUAUUGAAGAUCAUUCUGUGGACAUCAGGGGAUCUUCUAGCCCCUCCGUCUACUAUGUCCUCCAGAGGCAAAGGUGAGGAGUGUCUGGUGUGUGGGGGUGCCCUGCACGGCAACCAACGGCGAUGGCUCUUUGGGCGUCAGAACAAGAAAGAUGGUCAGCCUCAGACCCCAUCAGACUCGCUGGGCAGGGGAAGUCUCUCCAGGUCUUCUCAAAGCAGCCCCUGGGGUAGCACCAUGUCUCUUGGCUCCACGGUCUCUCUCUCGUCCCUUUCCUCACCUUCUAAAGCAAUGGACCUUCUCUCUGUGCUGACACACAUACUAGGCCAGUCCGUACCACGGGGCAGUGUGCGGGGGGAGUUCUUGUGUGGCAAAUGUGUUUCAGUUCUAGAGCGGGUUUUCAAGUUUGACUCUGUCAUUUCCAGGGUGAGGGUCUUAUCCUCUGAGAGGCUUCAGAAGUUGACCCAGGAGAGGGACAAGGUCAGGCAGUGGGUACGCAGCGCUUACCGCCAGCGAUGCCCUCAGGAUUUCCGGAUGAGGAGCAGCACUAGUGAGGAGGAUGGGGAGGGAAUGGGAAACCGAGAGGGUUACAUUGAAAUGUUGAAGGAGAACAUGGCCCUGUCAGAGUAUGAGUGCUGGUCUGAGAAAUGGGACGCAUGUCCAUACUUCAGGAGAACGGGGAAACGAUGCACGAUGGGGAAAAAUUGUGAGGGGUGUGAUUCUCUGAGGGUGUCCGACUCCGCCUAUGAGUCGGUUUGUGGGGUUCCCCGCCGCCUACCCUUCCAACCCUUUUCCCCCUUGGCUCUAUCGCGGGAUAAGUCGCAGAGCAUGCCUCUUCAUUGGUCGAGAGUGCCGUCGCUAAGCUCUAGCCCAGCGUCAUUGACUGGAUCCGCUCUCUCCUUACGAGCGUCCUCUCGCACUGAGUCCAUCCAAUCGCUGGACUCGCUGGGUUGCCGUGAUCCAUUUGAUUUCCCGGAUGAUUUGUCACUCCUGGUCCUCAGAGAGUUGAAAGGUAUUGAAGGAAAGCCUGUCAGUUCACCUUCGGGGAGUAAGAUUCCCGUUUUGGGUAAGAGGGAAGGGCGAUAUUCAGGAGAGGUAGGUCAGACAUCCUCCCCUGAGGUAACAAGGGUGCUGAAUUUUGGAGAGCGGGAGAAUGGAGGAGAGGAAGUGGACGGAGAGACAAAUGACAUUCUGACUGAAUUGAGGGACGAGUUUAUUCCACUACACAGAGAAAGCAAAACAGGUCGAGUGCACCCUGCAGUCAGACAGUUGAGAGGACAGCUUGAUCAAGCCAUGACACGCAUCAAGACCCUAGAAACUGAGCUUAAACACGGGACCAAAACCAAACCAGAAGCUAAUGUCAGUGGACCAGAGGAUUGGCUUAAGUUUCCGCAGAAGGACGGGGGAAACUUGCUACUGCAGAGUUUGGGGCAUUCGUUGCUCAGCAAAGACAGAGUUAUCCGGGAGUGCAUGUGUCUGAUCGGGAAGAUGUGCGUUGAGGUGGGGACAGGGACAGACGUGGCUGACAGACUAACACAGGCACUCACUGACAAUCUGAAACAAACUCUCUCCGACAAUAAGCUAGCCCUGGAGGCUCUGCUCUCUGAGGUGAGUGAGAGGGAGAAGAGGAUGGAGAGCGAGCUGGAGGCACUGAAGAAGGCCGGGAGAGACCGGGAGAAAGACCUCUCCACACUCAACGCUGUGCUCCAAUGUAACCAGGACAUCAUCAAUGAACUGAGAGUGGAGCUGGUUGAGAAGGAGCGAGUGCAGCGGGAGGUGCAGAAGGAGAGGGAAGUGUGGAGACAACGGGACCAGGCCCUCACAGCAGUCCUACAGGAGAAAGAGUCACUUCUCCUCUGCCUGAAGGAGGCACUAAAGAGCUCUCAGAAAGACAUGCAGGCACUGUCAGACUCUGUGAUUAGCCAAGGGGUGUCAGGAGGCGGGGCUGAGGGGGCUCUGGCCUCUCAGCUGAAAGAGAAGGAGAGCCUAGUGAUAGCCUGGUUACAGGACAGAGAGGAGCACAGCGCCGCCAUGUUCCGGGAGUUCUCCAAGCUCACCACCGCCCUGCAGGACUAUCAGGGUAUAGUGCAGGAGCAGCAGCAGAAUCAUAGUCAGACUGUGUCUUCGCUGUCAAAGCAACUCAACGACACACUCAACGACCUGAGGGAGAGCGGGAAGGAGAACAAGGAGGCACAGCGAGCCUGGCGGAGCGAAAUGGAUGACAAAGAGAGGGAGGAGAGGAAAUUGAGGGAGAGCCUGGAGAAGAGGGACAAACUCAUUGAGCAAGUUCUCCUGGAUUCCGAAGAACGGGAUCAUCUACUCAAAGAACUUCAACAGAACCUGCUGAACAAAUUUGAACCCAUGAUUGCUGUCAAACACACAUUAUGAAAGACAAACAAGAUAGUGAAAGAGCAAAAAACAUAGAACCAUGAAGGUACAAUGCACAUUUUAUAUAGAGGAGUUGCAUGAACCAACAUUUUCUCCACAGGUAGUUAAAAAAGGUUGUGUUUUGCACAUUUGCACUAGUUGCAUCUUGCCUUGGCAGGCAAGCCUUGGUUUUUCUGUUAAAACAAUUAAUGGCCUUUACAAAACUCUUGACUGGAUAUUUGUCAAUAGUGAUGUUAUUACUCUGUUUUGGCAUCAUUCAUAUUGAUGAAGUAUGCUAGUAGUUAAUGUCUGACAUGGACCAAAGUAUAUUUUGAAAUAUUUUGCUUAAAUGGUAGUACUCUGUCCAUGAAAUGUAUCAAUACAGACAGUUCAAAUCAUUUCAUUUCCCGAGAGUUCUAUUUAUGCUUAUUCAAAAUACACUUUGGUCCUUGUCAGACCAUUGAUUAACUAGUAGAAUGGGACAUGGGGAAAUGUAUGAGGAGAUUUGUUAAUGUGUCCUUCAGGGCAUAGUGUAGUGCAGCCGUCUUGAUACGUGCUAUCAGAAGGGGGAUUAUUAUUGUGUUGAAUCUGGACAGUUUGAUGUCGCAGUUUCCCAAGAGCUUUCUUUAUUGGUGUCAUACUGUAAGUUCUGUGAUUUUAUUUUUUUCCCCCUGUGUCUUUUUGUCAGAAUGGGCUAUUUCUGUUCACACUGCCAAUUUCUUUACAAAUUAGCUACAUCAUUCUGCUUGGUAUUGUGAUUGUCAUAAAGGGGUUUACAUUUUUUACCCCAAAAUAUUUUGGUACUUUUUGGCAGGUUCAAUUUUACUACAGAGUGGUUUGAUACAUUUAUUUUGGGAAAAGGUUUAAUUUGAUGUCUGCCAUGUUUUAAAUUUUGUUUAAGUCUUUGUGAGAUUGAGAAAUACAACUCUCUACAUGAUCGAAA